AUGAUCGAAAACGCCUCAUUGAUAAAACAGGGAGCCGAAGCUGUAAGUAAUGUGAAAGAGGCAAUUGUUAAAGAAAGAUUUAGAAAAACUUAUCGCCACCCAGCCCUUGAUAAAAAGCUUACUGCUAGAAGAGUUACUCAGGAAGCACGAAGUCUCUUCAAAUGUCAUAAAUCAGGUGUUGAUACUCCGAUACUAUAUUUUGUAGAUGUAGAAAGGAGUACAAUAUAUAUGGAGUUUGUUGAAGGAAAAGUUGUCAAGGACUUGAUACUGGAAACAGAUGGAGAAUGGUCCACGCAACUGGCAGAAAAGAUUGGAACAGCGAUAGCAAGAAUGCAUGCUGUCGAUGUUAUUCACGGCGAUUUGACUACCUCCAACCUUUUGUUGAGAGAUUCAAAUAGAUCUCUGGUGGUUAUUGAUUUCGGAUUAAGCUAUGUUUCUUCUCUUCCGGAGGACAAGGCCGUUGAUCUGUACGUACUCGAAAGGGCCUUUCUGAGUACACACCCGAAUUCCGAAGAUAUGUUUAAGGCCAUUCUAAAGACUUAUGAAAAAAAUUAUAAAGCCUCCAAAGGAGUUUUGACAAAGUUAGCAGAUGUUCGUUUAAGAGGACGUAAGAGAAGUAUGGUUGGAUAG